GCUGCUUCUGUCCUUUACGGCAAUUGUGCAUGUUGACAUCAUUCUGUAAAACGACGGUCCUGCCUGGCUCACAAAGUCUGUAGGUCUGCUUCGUCCGGGCGAUGCGCUCUGGUCUCCCCGGCCUAAGAGGAACCUCGGUGGGCGUAUCUCUGAGAACUCUCUGCUUGACAGUACCACUGGGCGUGUUGAUGUACCAGGUCCUGCGGACAGUGGGCCUGAGAGCGAUUUCCAUGGCAUCCGAGACGUACAUGGCUGGCAUGCACUCCGCAGCAUUCGUCACCUGCCCCAACGACAAGGUGGCCAAGGACCUGGCCAGGGGCAUCGUGGAGAAGAAACUAGCUGCCUGUGUCAACAUCAUCCCGGCCAUCACAUCUGUGUACGAGUGGCAGGGCAAGAUACAGGAGGACAGCGAGGUGCUCCUGAUGAUAAAAACAAGAAGUUCCAAGGUGCCUGAUCUCACCGAAUACGUGCGAGCGAACCACCCCUAUGAAGUGGCGGAAGUGAUCAGCCUACCAAUAGAGCAGGGCAACCCACCCUACCUGAAGUGGAUCCAGGAAGUUGUGCCGGAAUGAUGUGAAUGAGUUCCCAUGGAAACCAUGGACUGAUAAAUGAAGGAACCCCGGAAAUGACAUCACAACAAACAUCGACCGCUGACUGUUUUCAGACGUUGGAUUGGGAAUGUGGAUCACAUGUAAUUUUCUUCAUUUCCGUUACCUCCAUGUUUCCUUUUGAACUGUAGGGGGCAACAUUGGUUGAUAAGAUUUAUUUGCACAAUAAAAAUGCCCGCUGGUUUUUUCAUUA